AUGGAGGAAGCGGAAGAGAGGAGGAGAAUAUGCAGAGAGAAGAGCCCCGAGAGGGGCAAAGCGUGCGUGAAGCCCCGAGUGAUGAGGCCCACUUUCAAGAAACUCCAGAUUGUUUAUUAUCUCUCCCGAAAUGGCCAUCUUGAGCACCCUCAUUACAUGGAACUCACUCAUCUUGCUCAUCAACACCUCCGCUUGAAAGAUGUUAUCGAUAAGCUGACAGUCCUCAGGGGUAAAGCCAUGCCUUCUCUCUACUCCUGGUCUUGCAAAAGGAGCUACAAGAAUGGGUAUGUUUGGAACGAUCUGACGGAAAAUGACGUCAUUUAUCCGUCGGAAGGAGCCGAGUAUGUGCUCAAAGGAUCUGAGCUCAUGAUGGAAGACAAACUGCAGCAGCAGCAGCAGAAUCUUCAAUUAGGACCACUGAGUAGUGCCCUACAGUCCCCAAAUUUACAGCCAAAACACGCCUCAAAGCGACACGAGGAGUUUGUGAACAGAAACUGCCAACAGCACAGAGGAAUUACCGAGCAGCGGGAAAAUGUAGACGAAGACGAUGAUGAUGAGUAUGAAGAGGAUAAUCCUCCGAUCGUUGAAGCAUUCAAGCGAACACCUGGCGCGCACAAAAUUAACUGCCCGUCGUCGGAGUUAACGCUCCCCAACGGCGGCGGCGGCGGCGGCGCAGCUUCGUUGUCGCCACCGUCCGCAACGUCAUCAACCGGGUCCGAGAAGAACGGUGGGAGACCCGGGGGAGGGGAGCAGGUCGGGGUGGAGCCGCUGCUGAGCCGGAACUCGAUGCUUCUCAGCCUCAUCGCGUGCGGCGGAUCGGCCUCGUUCAGGAAGGCAGCGCCGCCGCCUACGACGCCGCCGAGGAGGAGCGGAUGCGGGGUUGAUCUGCGGAGGGAGGCGGUCCGGAGGGCGGCGGCGACGGAGGACGAGACGGCGGCGAUGAUGAUCGGGUGCAUGUCGGAGAAUCCGCGCUUCGGUGGGGUGACGGUGGAGGAGAAGGAGUAUUACAGCGGGAGCAUUGUGGAGGCUAUGGCCAACGUCAGGGUGGAGGCGGAGGCCGCCGGCGGACUCAAGAAAUCGGCAUCCCACAAUCAGGAAAGGAGCACAAUGGCAGGACUAGAAGGAGCAGCAAAUGAGGAGUUGGAUAAUGACAAGUGCUUGAUAGGGAAAUGCAUCCCAAUGAAAAAGUCAUCUUCCAAACACCCUAAAAAAUAA